AUGGCCCAUGGCGCGCUUGUGGCGCCGAGGACCAGACCCGACAACUGUUCGCGCUCCCAGAUCGCGGCCCAAUUGCGCCACCACGGGUUGCUGCGCCAGUGGGCAAGCAGCUUAUGGUUGUUACAACAAGGACAUGAGGCCAGUGUGGAGACACAGACGUCGUACCUGGUCGGCCUGGCCAUCUCUUCAUGCAAAGAGUCAGAUCAAGCCGGGCAUUGGCGAUUGUCGCAACAGCUCUGCUAUGGGCUGCUUGCUGGACGUGAGGUUCCAGACUUGGGAAUCCAAUUAUUCAACCAGGUGGCCUCCAGUGCAGACACACCUGGCGUUUGGCAAGCAUCGUUUUCAGCACUGCAAGAGGCGCGCUGCAGGGGCCUUGUCUGGAGUGGGAUCACGGCCAACGUGGCACUGGCUACAUGUUCCCGAGCAGAGCGGUGGCAUGUGGCCCUGCAGCUGCUCGAGGAAGCCCAGGAGAAGAGAAUGCAAACGGACAUCAUUUCGUGGAACUCGGUCCUCGCCGCCUGCGGCCGGUCAGAUGAGACUUCCUGGGUUCUGCGCUCGUUGGAGGAGCUGAUGCGCUGGAAAGUCGAGCCCGAUUCUGUAACCUUCAACACAGCCAUGAAAGCCUGCUCAGCAGCUUCGCUUUGGCAAAAGGCGCAUGACUUGGCGGACCUACUGCAGUGCUCGGGCAUGGCGCCUGAUGCAUUCACUUUGAACGAGGUCUUGACCUGCAGUAGCUGGAGGAUUGGCUUGCAGUCAGCAUCGGCACUGAAAGUACCGCUGACACCGGUGACAUGGGCGAGUCUGUUGAGCACCUGCGAAUGGCGAGAGGCCGUGUGCCUUCUCUUCGCAUUGCAGGAGGCUGCCGUGGAAGCCAGGACCAUGAACUUCAACGCAGUGGUCAGCGCUUGCUGCAGUUCAAUUGCCUGGCGCCGCGCCUUGCUGGUCCCCUCAUUGAUGCCCAGGAGCGUCUCGGCAGACCUGAUGACGAUUAGCAGCAUGGUGGCUGCUUGCGGUUCUGCUGGCGAGUGGGAGAGGGCGCUGCUAUUGUUCAUCGAGUUGCGGGAGGUGAGGCUGGCGAAUGCCUUCACCUAUGGUGCUGCCAUCUCUGCAUGUGGAGGAGGAGGUUGCUGGCUUCAAGCAUUGUGGCUGCUUGAGCAGGCAGGUGCGCGUGGGAUUGAAGUUGACGUGGUGAUGCUCAACGCGGCCAUCUCCGCUUGUCGAUCCGAGUGGACGGCAGCAUUCGAGCAACUCCGCCGGAGCAUGUGGCAGUUGCAAAAAAAGAUGCCGCAUCUGUUGUUCUUGUAA